UAGUUGCGUGAAAUAGCUUAACGCGUUAGAUGCUCGCUGUUGCCCACGCCGAACAUACCGAGACACUGCUCUCGUACCCCAAUCCGACGUCAUUGUUGCCCUAUAACCAUCCCCGGUGUCUCCCCCAGGACCAACACCAAAACACCGCAGGGAUGACUCCGAAGCCUGAAGAGGGCCUGCCGCUGCAGCAGACAGAUUCGAACGCGAGCGCCGUCCCCGACCUUCCGCCGCCGCCAAACCCUUCUUCCGAUCCGCGAUUGAGCGUUGCCGAUUGCGAUAGUCCACCGAACGUCCCCGAAAACAACGAUGUCUUCAAGCUGUCGCCUAGGGCGGCGAUGAGGCUUUUGAGUGGUGGAAUCGAGGCUCUCGUGAAGAUAACAGGCGAUAUCCCUCCGACACCACCACCUACAAGCCCGACACUGCCCAAUAUGAGAGGCAUGGCGGCAGAGAAAGAGCUCAUUCGCACCAGCUCACAGAAGAACCUGGCUCGCAUGCGCAAGGAGGCCGAAGCAGCAGCCGCAUCUUCAGCUCCCUCACCUCGUCGGCCGCCGAUGAUGUCCCAGAUGAGCGGCUCGAGUAGCUCAACACCACAAUUAAUAGACGGUGUCCAUCUGCGGCAGACACAAUCACCGACCCCUCCACCACCACCGAAAGCACCCGAACCACACAUAAUAAUUGGGGAGAACUCGCAGCCGAUUAACCUUCAGCACAGUGCAAUCACGCGCAAGUUCUACUCUAAGAAACCGCCGCCCAUUGGUAUCGACGAAUAUCUCGCGAGAAUUCACCAAUGGUGCCCGAUGAGCACUGCCGUGUACCUUGCUACCAGCUUGUAUAUCCACCGCUUAGCCGUUGACGAACGAGCCAUCCCCGUGACCCGGCGAAAUGCGCAUCGACUAGUUCUGGCGGGGCUGAGAGUGGCAAUGAAGGCGUUGGAGGACCUCAGCUAUCCACAUAGCAAGAUUGCCAAAGUUGGAGGCGUUAGCGACGUCGAGUUGGCGCGCCUGGAGAUUAGUUUUUGCUUCUUGGCGAACUUUGAGCUGGUGGUGAGAGAAGAUACGCUGAAGAAGCACUGGGAGGUUCUGAAGCAGGAGCAGCCAUUGAGGCUUAUACCUCCCAGCCUACCGAAUUUGUCGUUGAACAGGAAGCCUAGGGAGUCGGCGCAUUCUGGGCAGGAAAACCAAUGGAAAUGAGGAGGGCGUAAUGAGAAGAGGGUAUUGGGAUAGGUCACUGUGUGUUUGCAGCGUGGCUGUGGCAUUUGAAGGAGCAAGAGCGCAUCAUCAUAUUGCAUUGCAACGGUGUACUUCUGGGUAUGUUACGUCUGAUAGCGAUUCUCUUCAUGGUACAAAGUACACACGUAAUUGAGCGGGAUAACAUCCCCUUAUUAUUGAUUAUGACUAUGAGAGGCGCCUUUGCUGGAAGUGCCAAUGAAACCGGACCUCGGUAUUGGAAAGACCCGACCCGAUGGUGAUAAUUUCAACGAAUUGACUUUGUUGACAACCCGACUGUCCACUCAAUGCCACGCGUCAUGAACAUUAUUUUCGUCUUAACAGCUACGUUCCUUUCCUAGGUAGAGGUAUCCGUACAUUAGAUGCGAUGACAUGUGCGUCGAUGAUAAGGGUCGCCAGCGAAAAGUGGCUUAUCGAUAAAUGGGAUUGUAUGGAAG